CUUUUCAACAAGCAGAUGUAUGUUACUCCUCCUGACAUGGAUGUCUACUCAAUUCCGAAGGUUUUGGCUCCCAUGCCUCAGAAGUACAUUCGAUGUGCAAAAUCAAACUUUGGAAGCUACAAUGUCACAGAGCCACCCAUAGACGCACCUAGAGAUCCACUGUACAAAACUGAGAGGGAAAUUAUGAAGGAGAAGGACUUGCUGGAGAAGAGUGGUCCGGGCGCUCAGAGGUCCGGGCGCCCGGGAGGGACCUAGGCGCCCGGAAUGUAAUAUUUAUCCAAAACGUCGCUUCGCCACGUGGAGCACCCUGGUUGGC